CUUUAUAUCAAAAAGCCCAAAAAAACAUAAUUUUGGAAAGCAAUAUUUCGAUGCAAUAGACCCAAAUGCAAGAGAGGGACACUUUCGCUGACAUAACACAACAGAGCAGAGGGCUCCCGUUGGCCCCCGCCUUCCAUGCAGCAGGGCGAUCACGAUGAUCAAGUGAACGAUUAUCGGCGAACGUACGGACGGAGCGGACGGGCGACGGCUGCCUUAUGCCAAACAAAUCUCAUCGUUUUGCUGCCCUAGAAGUGUUCGAAUCAGCAGCAGCAGCAGAAGGUGGAGGAUUCUACGAAAUCCACCCCUAAGCAUCCGAGGCCGAGCAACCCGCGGAAGUUGUGACCAUCGAUUGCGGGAUGACCGUCGUUGACACCGUUGUUGUUGUUGUUGUUGGUUGUCGUCCAGCUUCUUCUUGAGUGAUAGAGAGAGAUAGAGAGAGGGAGAGAGUGCGGUGUGCCGUAACAAUGUCGUCGACGGCAGGAGCAUUCCACCAGCAGCAUCAGUCGCAGCAACAGUCCCCUCGGUCGCCGAUAGUGGCCGCCGCCGUUGCCGCAGCCGCCGCGAUCGGGGCCGUAUCGGGGGGCAGCGCCGGUGGGGUGGUCGGCUGGACGAACAAACGGAGCCCCAUCCACCAUCUCACCACCAGCCAGGACGUUAUCAAUCAGGGAAAAUGCCUUUGCGGUGAGUACAUACGCGCGCGGCUCAAACGCAGCGGGCUGCUCAACCGGAAGAUCCUGCAGCGUUUGCGCAACUCGAUGGAACACUGUAUGGCGGGCAGCGGCGGCCUCGGUGGAGGGGCCGUGGUCCGCGAAGCACUGCCCAUACUGAACGGGAUGGGCGAGGAGCUGGAGCGGAUGCACCCCCGGCUGUACAGCAACGUCAGCCGGCAGAUCUCGAACGAGCCGUGGGGCGAGCUGACGGAACCGGACACGGUCGGCUACCUGCUGCACGUGGUGGCGAAGGAUCUGUUCAAGAGUGGCAUCACCUGGGGCAAGGUGAUAUCGCUGUUCGCCAUCGCGGGCGGGCUGGCGGUCGACUGCGUGCGGCAGGACCACGCGGACUACCUGCAGCAGCUGAUCGAGGGGACGGCCGACGUGAUCGAGGAGGAUCUGAGCGGGUGGCUGGUGGAGCGGGGCGGCUGGCUCGGGCUGCAGGAUCACGUGCAUCCGCCGCAGCCGGAAAUCUCCGUCACCGGGUGGGUGAGCAUUACCGCGCUGACGCUGGCGGUGAUCUACAUCGUCUCGUUGUUCCUACGCGUGAUCGGAUCGGGCUACGCCGAGCCGGAACGAUCGACCAACUAAUGAUAGUGCCGCAUUGCCUUAGGCUCUUCUUCUUCUUCUUCUUCUUGCAUUAUCAUCAUUCCACACUGUACUAACAGAAAAUCUCUUGUCCGAAUCUUGUCCUAUGCUUACGCUACGCAUUGCGCUUUCUCUGUGCAAUCUCGCAUCCUCCCCCAUCAAUAAUAGCUAAACGGUAUUGCCAAACACACGCCAACAAAAGGCCAAUUUAGAGGGUUACAUAUAAAGGAGAGCUUAUGAAGGUGGAAAAGGAGGGAGAGGAAGAAACCGCGUGCAAAUAUGUUAAAGUUUUGUUUUAGUUGUAAUUACGUGUAGUUCUUUUUUUAAAUUGUAUUUAAACUAUUGUUUAUUCUUCUCUUAUUUAAUUCGCGCAUUCCUGUUUUUUUUAAUUCCAUGCUUUUUUAUCAACUGUUUUCUAAUUGUCAUUUCUAGGGUUUGUUUUUUUGCUUUUGUUGUUUCCCAAAAAAACUGUCCAUAAUUAGAGGUAUUUUAUAUGUACGUAGAUAAAAGAAACAAAUAAGGGCGUAGUAUGCAAUAAAUAUUCAAAUUAUAUUCGCUUACUGGCGGGCGACGUGUGACGUGCCUUGCAGUAAUUGUUACAGUA